GUUCCGUAAGAGUAAGAAACAGCGUCAAGAACGACCCGUGUCAAAUUCGCACCCACAACAGUCAUCGGGUGGUCGUCUAUGUCAUUGGUACGAUCAUAAACGUUGUCCGCCAUUCGUAACUGUCGAUCAGCUACACAAAUAUCGGCGUAAAGGACUUGGGUUCGAUCAACUGCCGCUAGCACCUCCAUUUGGACAGUCGGACAGUCCCGUCGCGUUUGAUACUGAAUAUAGGUUUCGUUUCGAGGUACCAUAUAAAACACCGGAGGAAAUGAGCGUGAAUAGGCGACAUGCUGCGGUGCCCAAAGAUGAACUACAGAUGGAGGGUGACGCGGAAUUUAGUGCCGAAUAUUCAGAGAAUUUUAAAAACUCGCCUAGGGAAAGGCAAAUAGCCGAAAGACAUGGUAGUCACAUAGGGCCAUUCACGUGUCCCGAUUGUCCAUCUGUUUUAACUUCCGAACAACACGACCAAUAUGUGGCUUAUGCAGAGGGUCGACGUGCCAGCAAUGCUCGACCAUCAACCGGACUCCGAAUGGAGGGAAAUAUGGAAUUAGAUACGGAGCUACGACAUAAUUACGUGCCACAUCCCGAUGGCCAUCCAGCAGAGAACUUACGUCCAAGCACUGGAUUGAAGUUAGAAGAUGGUACUAUGAAGGUGGAGUCGGAACAAGCAGCCAACUACAAAGGAUAUCCUACAACACCUCACCCGUCUACUGAAGUCCAGCCAGGUAUAUAUUUUCAAUUAAGUAAAAAAGAAAUAAUAAUAAUAAGCAGAAAAGAUAAAUAAUUUAUUUAAUAUUUUGAAAUUCGAUAAAUAAAAAAAUUUUUGUUAGUAUUAAACAAAGAUUUUUUAUAAAUUUUAAAAA